GACUCUGCGAGAGGUGUUCGACGAAAUGGCGGACGCGUACGAGCCGCCGGAUGACGCCCAUCGCCGGUUCGUGCAACGACAACGCGCACCCGAGGAGUCACCGGUAGCGUAUAGGGGCGCCGUGUUGGAACUUGCUAUGGCCGCUUACCCGGAGACGGAGCCUGACCUGCUGGAACCUCUCAUCCUGGGGAAAAUGUUGGAGUUGUCCCGAGAUCUCGGCAUUCCUAUGCCGGUGUGCGGUCACGAAAAGCUCACGUCCCGGGCCGCGGCCAAGUGUCUGGACGCCCAGUUUAACCUUCGCCGCUGGAAACAAGUUACGGCGUGGACAGGUGGUCCUGUCGUCGAGGGGGGUGCCUUAGGGUGGGACCCUAGAAAGGCCGUGUACGUGCCGGAUGGGAGCAGCCAGCAGGAGCUGUCAGCUGCCUCUGCUCCGUGGCCGGCCCGGGGUGGGCCGGGGCCGCGGGCUGCGCCGCCGGUACGGCCGCGUCGGGACGGGGUGCCCGCUGCGCGCCGCAACGAGGUUGAGUGCUUCCGCUGCGGGCGUCGGAGCCAUUAUGCCAGGGACUGCUGGGCCCGCGUUCCGGGUCCGCCCCAGCAGGAGGCCUCGACAGCGGACGCUCCCAAGAAAGAUCCUACAGCACAGACAAGCCGGCCGUGACGCCGCAGGAGGGAGGACGUUCCGCUCGCGGGAUGCCGACCGGGGCAGCGGAAUCUACGGGACCUGCAGCCCUUCUUACCCCGCCACGGACGCGACUACGGGACGCCUCUGAACGGGACCGGGACGGUGGCAGGCCUCCAAUGGCGAUGGACGAACUUGCUCCUGUCGCCCUUAAAACCCUGCCACGUUCCCGCUCGGCGGGUGGGCUGCCGACCGUCCGGGACGGCCCAGCUACCCGUACUCGCUCGAAAUCCCUUACAUUUCGUUAACUUGUGUUGUGUUCUUGUUAUAUUGUUGUUGCAUGCUUCGUGUCUUUUAACGUAUUGGUCCUUUACACCCGCAUUGCUUGUUAAGUUGUAGUUCAGCCGAGGUCGGCUGGAUUUUCUCUACGGGGGAGGGUGAUGUAAUGCGGGCGUAAACGACCUUCCGGAAGUGACGUCAUGAGGGGAGGAGUUAGGUCACGUGGGGGAGAGGGGUCAGGUCUAUAGAGGGAGAGAAACCGGAAGAGGAGGGGGAGUGACGGGAGACCAGGAACGAGUGAGGCCACGUAGGGCGAGAGCGGAGAGUGGUGAGAUCGCCACGGACACGGGGAGCGAGGAUCGGCACUGUCGGCCAGCGGUGACCGACCCGAAGCAGCGAGGAGGCUGCAGUUGGCAGCGGGUCUGCAUACGGAGUUGGCAGCGGGAGUCUGCAUACGGAGUUGGCAGCGGGAGUCUGCAUAUGGAGUUGGCAGCGGGGGUCUGCAGCGAGUCUGCAAGGAGAGGAAGGAGGCUACAAUAGCGAUAGCAGCCAGGGGCUACAAGUAGAGUGUCUCUAAGAGAGUGCCGUGAGGGAAAAGACAAGAACCCAA